GCGAUUUGGGACAGAAGGAGAAAUGGCAGCAAGGUUACUAGUGAGAGUCGCCCGCGCCGCGGCGGGCUGGCGGGCUCCGCCCGGGGCUGCGCUCGUACGGGGCAUGGCGACUGGAGGGAUUCCCUCCGACGAACAGCAGGCCACGGGGCUGGAGAAGGUCAUCAUGCGCUCCAUGAAGGAAGGCACGGAUCCUUACAACCUUCAGAAGCCCAAGAUGUAUGCUGGUACAAAGGAGGAGCCCCAUAUCGUCCCCUCCAUCAACAACAAAAGACUUGUGGGUUGUAUCUGUGAGGAGGACAACACGACCAUUGUGUGGUUCUGGCUUCACGAGGGAGGCGCACAGCGAUGCCCGUCCUGUGGUGCUCACUACAAGCUGGUGCAUCACGACAUGCCUCACUGAGAGUCUUGCGUCAGAUGUUGAAUUCCAGUAACUUUAAACCUCAUAUGCUUUUUCAUGUGUGUAAUAAUUGAGAUUUCAGUCCUCUUGCCAUGAGACCCAUCAUACUUUUGCAAUUCCACAAGCAGCAGUUUACAUGAACACAUGGACCAGUUGCUCCUAAUAAAUUACAUAAACCUUAA